AUGGCGUCCUCUCUGACUGCCGCGUAUCCAUGGACUACCUCUCCACUCGUCAGUUGCGCCCCGAUGCGCCUGAUAGCCAAUGCAUCCCUCGCAACCGCAGUUUCCAUAGCCGGUGGCCUUGGUUUCAUAGGUGCAGGCAGCGACAUUAACACUCUAUCCUCCGAACUCUCCAAAAGUCGUGAUAUCCUAAACAAAGCAAAACUAUCCACAAACACUGGCGUAUUACCUAUAGGCGUCGGUUUCCUCAUCUGGGGCGCUCCACUGGCAGAUACCUUGGCCAUCCUCAGUAAACCUGAAAAUAUUCCUGCUGCAGUGUGGCUCUUUGCUCCAAGACAUCCAAACCAACUUAAAGACUGGGCAGAUGGUGUACGCAAGGCCUCGAGCAACAAGACAAAGAUCUGGAUUCAAGUGACCAGCGUCCGUGAAGCUCUGGAAGCUACUAAACUCGCAAGUCCUGAUGUGCUGGUAGUUCAAGGCACUGAUGCUGGAGGUCAUGGUGCAGCUCAAGGUGCCGGCAUCAUCUCCUUGGUACCCGAGACCAUCGAUGCUGUGACAGAGUUCUGCGACUCCUCUUCGUCUACACCGUUGCCUUUCUUCGUGGCAGCUGGUGGAAUCAGCGAGGGAAGAGGUGCAGCAGCUUCAAUCUGUUUGGGUGCCCAAGGCGUCUGUUUGGGCACACGAUAUCUUGCUGCGAAUGAAGCAACCAUCGCCUCAGGAUACCGAGAUGCCGUACUUCGUGCUUCCGACGGAGGAAGCACUACAAUCCGUUCAUCAGUAUAUGACCAACUCCGCGGCACCACAGAAUGGCCUGCAGGCUACGGAGGUCGUGGUGUACUGAAUGCGAGUUAUCGAGACCACGAGGCCGGCGUGAGUUUCGAAGACAACAAAAAGUUGUAUGACGAUGCAGUGGCAUCUGGAGAUAAAGGCUGGGAGGGCGAGAAAGCGAGGUUGACCACUUACGCCGGCACAGGAAUUGGUCUUGUCAAGUCCAUCAUGAGCGCAGAGGCAAUCACGCGAGAGGUGCGCCAAGAUGCUUCCAAAAUAUUGUCAGGAGCUCCGGCCUCCAGACUAUGA